AAAAUCCUGCUGGCCUUCCCGACCUCUGGGGAUGAAAGACCCACUCCUCGCUGUAUCACUGAAGCGCUGCAGCAUUCAGUAGCGGCCUUCAAAUCAUAUCGUCAAUAUAGAUAAGAGACAGAUCAAUAGCGUGAGAAGGACCAGGCGCCAUGUAGGCGACACACCUGACAUGCACGUAGCGCGCCGGAUAGCCCGUCCCAACAUCGCCCCGGCCCCCAGCUCCUCGUCCCAAAUGUCAGCCAACCUCGGCCGGCAGAGGUCCAGAACGCGGUUGCUGGCACUGCUGCGGCUUCUAUCCGCUGCCAUAGCCCUGCUGAGGCUUUCCGCACCUUCGUCUUGCCACGUCGCGCAUGCGGCCACCUUUGCGGACUCGGCCGCAGCGGCUGCCGGCCGCCCCAUAGCUGUGGUCAACGCGCGGCCCUUCCAUUCCGAGGUCCUGAGUGGCGCCAUGGCGGCUCUGGCCCCGGUAGCGGAUCGAGUGGCGGUCUACAUGGACCAUUAUGUUUUCAAGGGCAAGGACGGGUUCCGGCAGCUGGUGUGGUCGUACCCGGGGCUGCUGCUGCGCACGCCGCAGCGGGCGGCCGGCGGGGAGGGGGUGCCGCACCACCGCCUGGCCUUCUUCCUGUCGCCCGAGGCCUCUCUGGGCUACACGCGCUGGUUCAUCAACGCCACCCGACCCGAGGUUGUGGUGCACAUGAUCCACAACGCCGACGACGUGGAGGCCGUACAGCAGCUGCUGAACAUGACGGGCGCCGGCAGUAGCAGCGGCGACAGCAGUGGCAGUAGCAGCAGCGGCAGCAGUGGCAGUAGUAGCAGUAGCGAUAGCAGCAGUAGCGAUAGCAGCAGGGCAGGGCGCGGUGGCGGGGUGGUGACAAAGCUGGUGGCGUUGAGUCCGCACGUGGCGGCGGCGCUGAAGCAACGCGGCUUCCAGGCAGACUGGUGGCUAGCCGCCUGGCCGCCAGCGGCAGCGGCAGCAGCAGCGGCAGAGGAGGAGCGGGCGCAAGACAGCGAGGGCCGGAGUGGGGCUGGCGGGAGAGCCGGGAGCGGGACAGGCGGUGGCGGCGGUGGCGGUGGGGAUGACAUCCACUCCUGCCCCGCCUUCCGAAACGGCAGCGUGCCGGCGGGGCCGUGGGGCUUCGCCUGCCAGGGCAGGCAGGACGCCCGCCGCCGCUCCUACGACACGCUGUGGCGGGAGCUGCAGGAAGCCGUGGCCGCCGCCACCUCCGACGCCAGCAGCAGCAGCAGCAGCAACAGCGGGCGGCAGUUGACUGCAGCGGCGCCGCCGCCGCCGCCGCGGCUCAAGGUCCUGGGGCGGUCGGUGGGGCCGCAGAGCGGCGCGGGCGUGCCUGUGUCCGUGCGGCCGCUGGUUAGCCGCGUCACCAACGCGCCCUACCCGGUGUUCUACCGGCACCUGUCCUGCAGCCUGGCGCUGCUGCCGCUGUUUGCGGAGGACAGCUACUACACCACCAAGUUCAGUUCCACGGUGCUGGCGUCGCUCACCACAGGCACGCCCAUCCUGGCAGACGAGCGGCUGCUGGCUGCCUACAGCUUCCUGCAGCCCGCGGAGGAGCACGUGUGGCUGCAGGCGCCGGGGGAGGGGCUGGUGGCGGCGAUGCAGCGGGUGGCGGCGGAGCCGGCGGCGGCGGCGCAGCGGCGGCGGGCGGGGCUGGCGGCGCUGCGGGCGCGGCUGAACCGCGAGGCGCGGGCAUACCUGCUGGCGUUGCUGGGCGAGGGCGAGGAGAGGGGCGGUGGUGCAUGAGAGUGCGACGCAGCGGGACCCCUGGUGCGACGUGUGUAAAGGACAGGGGGCCGGGGGGCGCGAGUCGGCGAGAGCGCGAGUGCAAGGAGUUUUCCAGCUGUGCAGAGCUUAGACCCCUUGGAUGUGAGAGCGAGUGUGGAUUGACCCUUUACGGAGGGAGGAGGAUGGGUCAGGCUUACCCAUGAGCUUGCGACGCAAUAACUGGGGCGGGAAAGCGUGGGGCUGAGAUUGGGCCAGGCC